AUGACGGAAACCAGGACUUUGCUCACUUUGAUAUGGGUCGUAAUUCGAGUGAUGAUAGUGAUGAUUCGCGCUCGAGGAGAUCCAAAGAUAAAUACGGACGAAUGCGACCGAAGCACAAGUCCAGUCGACGAAGUCGUGAAGGUUCCAAGGCCAGAGCAGAAAAAAAAUCAUUUUGAAAUUUUAGCCGAUGAUGACUAUAGUGGCAAACGGAGAGAAAGAUCCAGCAAAAAAUCGUCGCAUCGAAGUAGAAAGCGAGACUCUUCUUCUUCAGCGUCGCCUCCCCGCGCGAAAGUGAAAAACGAGUCGAAAGAGCCAGAGAAACGACCUGCCUUCACAGUCAUCAAGCUCGAAGGGAAGAAACCCUCUUCGGACGCUGUGCGGCAAGUUGAAAGUGACGGCUUUACCCCGCGGGCAUUCGUUUCCUCGAGAACUAGUCGAGCCGUCAUAACCAUCGACGACGACCCGGAUGAGAUGUUUCAAACUAGAACGAAAGUCGAGGAAAUCUCAAAGGUGAAGGAGGAGGAGAAGAAGGAAACCGAGUGUGAUCCCGAAGGCAUUGUUCAUCCUAAUUUGUUCGGAAAUCAAGCCGAAAGAGACGCACGCUGGAAAAAACGUCUAGUCGUUCUGCGACAACGACUUUGCGGAGACAACUCGCAUUCAUGA